AUGAAGAAGAAGGAGGAAGGAUUGGGCGGCGACGAGGAAUCCUGGACGACGUCGGAAAUUAGGUUGAUGUCGUCGCGAGGGUUGAUGGCCUCGUCACCGGAGGAAGAAACAAGGUGGAAGAUGAAGAUGGAGGGUGGCGGGUUUCCUCCUCUCACGUACCUGAGUUUGGCAGCCCUAGAGCACCCAGUUCCUUCGGGCCGCACUACUGAUCGGUUUGUCGGUCCGAGUGGGUCAGUUGGUGCGGGUUGUGGGGGACAGAUAGUGGUUUUUGGGCUCAAGUCAGGCCUAAUGGAGCUGCUAAGCGGGUCGCAGAUGCAAGAGGCAGUGGACCGAGAAGAUCCGCAGAACGAGCCUGAGAUUGGGGGAAAGUGGGCCUCACAAGACUCUAGUGGAGGGACUAAUUUACUAAGGGCCACAAAGAGGGAUUCGAGUGGCUUUCCAACAGCUGGUGGGCCGAAUUUUCGGGACAGUUUGGGCCACUUAUUGACUCUAUUAUUGGGUCUAUUUUUCAUGACAGGAAUUGGAGGGAAGAAGGAGGUGGGUUUUCAGUGA